GCUCGCAGCGCCCGAGCCGCCGGCGGAGCGAAGGUGCCGCCGUGCGCGGCCCGCCGGGCGCCGCGGCCUGCGGGCGCCGCUGGUUGGCGGCGGGGGGACACGUGAGCGGGGAGGCGGCGGCAGCGGCGGCGGCAGCGACAGCGGGAGUUUCCCCGACAGCUGGAGGUUGCGGCGGCGGCUCCUCCUCCCCGGGUCCCCGCUAGAGCCCAGAGACCCCCCGCGCUCCUCCUUAUUGACAAACGCACAAAGGGCCGCGCCGGGGCCGGGCCGGGACGCGUCUGGAGCCGGCAUGGGAGACAAGAAGAGCCCGACCAGGCCGAAGCGGCAGCCGAAACCCUCCUCGGACGAGGGGUACUGGGACUGCAGCGUCUGCACCUUCCGCAACAGCGCCGAGGCCUUCAAGUGCUUGAUGUGCGACGUGAGGAAGGGCACCUCCACACGGAAACCUCGGCCUGUCUCUCAGCUGGUUGCACAACAGGUUCCUCAGCAAUUUGUGCCCCCUACACAAUCAAAGAAAGAGAAAAAAGACAAAGUAGAAAAGGAAAAAAGUGAAAAGGAAACAACAAGCAAAAAGAACAGCCAUAAGAAAACCAGGCCAAGGUUGAAAAAUGUGGAUCGAAGUAGCGCUCAGCAUUUGGAAGUUACCGUUGGAGAUCUGACAGUCAUUAUUACAGACUUUAAGGAGAAAACCAAGUCACCACCUGCUUCCAGUGCUGCUUCUGCAGAUCAACACAGUCAGAGUGGUUCUAGCUCUGACAACACAGAGAGGGGAAUGUCCAGGUCAUCUUCACCCAGAGGAGAAGCGUCGUCACUGAACGGGGAAUCUCAUUAAAGUUUAUUUCCUCCAGUUUCAUUAGUCUCUUCAAAACAUGCAAAUACGUAAGUGCUGUCACCACAUUUUCAUGACAGAUUAGUCAUGCAUAAUUGAUAUGUUGACUAGAACAUAAUGCAGUUUAAAAAAAGAAAGAAAAAAAGUGCAGUGAUAGUAACAGCAUGAAGCUGAGUCAGGGGAGGUUUAGGUUGGAUACCACAAAAGGUUUCUCACCCAGAGGGUGUUUGGGCACUGGAACAGGCUCCCCAGGGAAAUGGUCACAGCACCAGCCUGACAGAGCUCGAGAAGAGUUUGGACAACGCUUUCAGGCACAGGGUGUGACUCUUGGGGCUGUCUUGUGCAGGGCCAGAAUUUGGACUCGAUGAUCCUUUUUGGUCCCUUCCAACUCAGCUUAUUUUGUGAUUAUAUAGUAAUUUAAAUGCUAUCACAAAUGCUUAUGAAGCAUCUUCAGACCAACUUUUUAAUCUACAUGUGUAAGGGUGCCAUGAAAAUGUGGUUUGAAUGUUCAUUAUGCAGUGUUACAGUAUGUCCAUUUUCACUUUUAGUUUAGUGAAUUCUAACACAACUCUUGGAAUCUCUACUAUUGGCAUGUACUGAAUUUAAAUUUUUAUAACAUAGUUCAAGCUGCCUAAAUAUGUAUUAUUUGAGAAUUGUGAAACAUAGUUAUAUGUAUGCAAGUCAAAGAUCAACUUAAUCAAUUAUUGCUGCAACAGAAUUUUCAUAAUAAUUAUCUUCUUAAAAACACCUGCUGGUACUUGGUGUGGUUAAAUAGGAAAAAUGUUAUUAAAGAAAACAUUUGUAUGGAUUUUUGCCAAUGUUUGACACAUUUUACUAGAUUACUGUUACUGAAUUAUGUUGAUGGUUUUACCAAUAUUUUUUGACACUUAAAACACUUAUUGUAAUGUUUACAAGCAAAAUAGAAAACACAUUCUAAGUAUUGAUUCGUUAAUCUUGCAAUUCAGGUAAAGUACUGCAUUGUCGCUGUACACUGGUAUUUUGUGUUGUGUAACAAAUACUGAACCUCAGAUGGUGAUGCAUUUGGCAAAAACUAUUUGGAAAUAUGAAAGUUUGGAAAAGCUUUAAAAAGAACAGAUCUGCAGUUCUCAUUUCUGCUUAGUGCUGUUUCCUUGCCCCAGAUUUUUCUAGUGUCACAUAGUCACUUAUCAUUUCAGUACAGGAAUAUCAGAUGUUGCACAAGAAUAAGGAAAUAAUAAUUCUAUUAUUUUUUUUGUUCCUGAAUCAAUCUCUUUAGUAUUGAAUUGGCCUGUUAGAAUAUAUUAUGCCAUAAAUCAUUGGAAAAAGACUUAUGGCAUAAGCUGUCAACAUUCACGCACUUAGCAAUAUACUGAAAAAGAGCAAAACUAAAUACAAUACCACCUGGUAUUAUGUAAAAUUACCAAUAAAAUAUUUUUGUGAAUA